AUGGCAAUGAAGAAAGAGACGGAUGGCAACAAAGAGAAGAGGCCUCUCGAUACCAGGAUGCAGUAUCUGCUUGACAGACGACGCAAGAGCUCGACACUACGCAACUUGACCCUGCCCAAAUCUGGCCAAGUCGAUUUCUCUUCUAACGACUUCCUCUCGCUAUCAACCAACGCUCGCCUAAAGCAAGCAUAUCUCCAUGAGCUUCAACAGUCACAACUGCCCCUCGGUAGCGGAGGUUCGCGACUGCUAGACGGAAAUUCGCCCUAUGCCGAGGCAUUGGAACACGACAUCGCCAAUUUUCACGGUGCUGAAGCAGGAUUACUUUGGAAUAGCGGCUUCGAUGCAAACGCUGGCUUUUUCUCGUGUGUACCACAGCCUGGUGAUGUCAUUGUCUUCGAUGAGCUUGUGCACGCAAGUGUGCACGAUGGAAUGCGGCUGUCGAGAGCCGCACAAACAGUGCCUUUCGAGCAUAAUUCAAUAGCGGACUUGCGGAAAGUGUUGCAAGAGGUGACCGAGCUGCCGAGUAGAAGCAAUGUGUUCGUUGCUGUGGAAUCAAUUUACAGUAUGGAUGGCGAUGUCGCGCCUUUGCAAUUGAUCGUCGACACUGUCACAGAAAUGUUGGGCGAAGGAAUAGGACAUGUGGUUGUCGAUGAAGCACAUUCGACAGGAGUUUUAGGGCACGAGGGAAGAGGUCUUGUCUGUGAACUCGGCCUUGAGAAGCACGUUUUUGCACGGUUGCAUACAUUUGGCAAGGCACUGGCCGGCAAUGGUGCUAUCCUUCUUGGUUCUCACACCCUUCGUCACUACCUGAUCAACUACGCGCGACCUCUGAUCUACACAACGUUCUUGUCGUAUCCAUCUUUGGCGCUUAUACGAUGUUCAUACCAACUACUCCGUGCAGGGGGUACAGUGCCUUUACAGGCGCAUUUGCAUCAACUGACAGAAUUUUUGUUCAAGGCUAUGCAUCAACUGCACGUCACUUCAGCUGCAGCGCGGAGCCUAUUGAGCAUACCAAGUGCGUGUCCGCAGUCGCCGAUAUUUGCAGUACAGCUACAGCAACCGAGAGACCUAGCCAAACACCUACAAGAGAAGGGCAUGAUGGUUAGAGCGGUCGUAGCACCAACAGUACCGCUCGGAACAGAGAGGAUCAGGAUUUGCCUACAUGCAGGCAAUACAGUGGAUCAAGUCGAGGUGCUAGUCGGUGCACUCGAAGAGUGGUGCAAGAGACAAUUCAAAGAGACGGAUAGGAACAACCAACCAACAAUGCAGAUGAGAGCUCGGCUGUAA